AUGGCAUUCUGGUUGGCUGGUGUUAUUGUGCUCUUCGCCCUCGGGCUGGGGCCUUACCUGUCUGAUAGCUCUGGGUCUCAAUGUCGGUGUGACCCGAGUGAUGAUUGCUGGCCCUCGCCGGCGGCCUGGGGCGCCCUCAAUAACACCAUUGGGGGCCAUCUGGUGCAGUUACGCCCAGUCGGAGCUGUGUGCCAUGAGACACAAUACUCCAAUGGCUCUUGCGCUGAGUUGAUUCAAAACUUUCGCAACACCACAUGGCGGGUUGAGAAUCCAGUCCCCGAAGCAACUGCUGGCCAUACUGACUUCCCGCUCUUCACAGCCGCGUUACAGGUACACACAUGGGAACAUUCGCGCCCACAGAAGCAAAGUUGCCACGUCAGUGACCCGCUGGAACUCGGCCAAUGCAACCAGGGCCGCGUAGCACACUACUCGGCCUAUGUGCAGUCCGUGUCAGAAGUACAGGAGGUGGUUCAGUUCGCCGCCUCUAAUCGCUUGAGACUCGUCAUUCGCAACACUGGUCACGACCUGGCAGGUCGUUCAUCGGCCCCCAACUCCCUACAGCUCCAUACCGCCGGUCUUAAAGGCAUCCAGCAUGUGGACUCGUUCACCCCUCAGGCUCCAGACGGUCGGUCAAUUCCGUCAGAAGGCCCCGCCGUGACAGUGGGGGCGGGGGUUCUCACGGGAGAGCUCUACUCGGCGGCCGGAGAGGCGGGAUAUACAGUGGUGGGAGGAAGCUGCAGUACGGUCGGCAUUGCGGGUGGUUGGAUGCAAGGUGGUGGCUAUGGUAUUCUCACCCCUUCGCGAGGCCUGGGGGUUGACAAUGUGUUAGAGGUUGGCGUUGUCACAGCACAGGGAAUCUAUGUCACUGCAAACCAGUACCAAAACCAGGAUCUCUUCUGGGCCGUUCGUGGAGGUGGCGGGGGCACGUUUGGUGUCAUUGUGCACGUCACAUUCCGCACCUACCCUGAUGUGCCCGCCGUCGUAUCGAAGCUGAAUAUCUUCAGCCCCCAUGGGCCAGACUCUGCCUUCUGGGACACGGUCACCGAUCUGCUCCAGACAAUCCCCGUACUGGUAGAUCGCGGCGACGCUGUUCAGGCAUUUGCAAUGCCGGUCUUGCCUGGCAAUCAGUCAUUCCUCACUAUCGAGACCUAUCUCAUCCAUGAUUCCCAUGCGGAUGGCCAGGAUAUCGUCGAUAAGCUAAGUAAGCGUAUCGAGGACCGUGGAUUGCCAGUGGAGUCUUCCGCCGAGUCCUUCGAUCAAUUGUCUACAUAUCUCGCGCUUCCAAAAGGUUUGGACCAGGCUGGCAUGGGCAUGAUGACUGCGUCACGACUGGUUUCGCGAGAUAUGAUGACAUCUAUCCAGGGGCCUUCUCGGAUUAGCCAGACGCUCGCCCAGCUCAGCUAUGGGCCCGGAGAUGUGCUCAGCCUUGAGGGGAUGGUUGGCGGGCCCGCGGUCCAGCGCAAAGAUACAUCAGACAGCGCAAUCCAUCCAUCCUGGCGAUCUGCAUUGAUGUCUCUGACUCUCGGUCGCGGCCUACCCUCAGAUCCAGAUUGGGACGCCUACGACCGUAUCCAGGGCGAGGUGGCGAUGACGCAGUUGCCGGUGCUUGAGUCCCUCGAGGAAGGAGCAAUGGGAGGCUAUUUGGGAAUACCGUUCCCGUACGAACGCAACCCUUCUCAGGUGUUUUGGGGAUCCCACUAUGAUCGGCUUCUGGCGCUCAAAGGGCGCUGGGACCCUGACGAUUUGUUCAUAACUCGAUUGGGCGUGAGCUCGGAACGGUGGGAUGAAGAAGGCAUGUGUCGAGUGGAUCGGAAGCAGGUUUACCUAAGGCAGUAUUAUGACUUUAUAGACCGCGUGCGAGCAUGGACAGCACAGAUGGUACUCAAAAGCUAG